GUUGCACGAAUACCGUGCUGACGGAUGUCUCCAGCCGCAUGACGGGCCACUGCAAGCACUGGCGGCACUGGAAAGAGUCGAAGGUUCUUCUGCCAACUUUGACCACUGCAUGAGCCAGCUGGAAUUCAUGCGACGGGAGCUUUGUAACAACUUCGCGACGCACCAGCCUCCUGUGCAGAUCGCUGCAGGUUUGCUGCAGGGUCUGGCAUUGGACGGGCGGCUGGGAGCACCGGCAGCUCUCGCUGAUGCUUUGCUGGGUCGAGGUGGGGAUUUUCGGAUAAGUCGAGUACAGCGAUGUGCUGCAGAGUGGCGCUGGCGGCUCGGCGUCCGCGCUGCACUCGCGCAGAGUGGACUGGCUCAGGCGCUGGCUGCUGGGGAGCUCCGCCUUAGCUUGGAACCCGACUUUGCCUUGACACUCGACGCCCCGGGUGCCUUUGUGUUGCGCCUUCAGUACGACCUGCGACGAUGGCUUGUGCUC